AUGUUCAUCUUGACUGAAUAUUGCGUUGGUGGCACCUUGAACGAGCGUCUCCACCGAUCGAGCACCGAAGAAGAGAACUUUAAGUGGAUUCGUCAAAUGGCUGCCGCCCUUGCCUUCCUCCACUCGUGCAGCGUGGUUCACCGCGACCUGAAAGCAGACAACGUACUGCUGACUGCGACGGAGGAUGCAAAAUUGGCCGACUUUGGUUUGGCUCGAGAAUUCAUUGCACUCACACGAAUCGAAGAAAAUGGUGGCGAUGAGUCGUGGGUGACGAGCUAUGAGCGGUACUACAUGACAUCGGGCACUGGCCCAAUACCCUGGGUGGCACCCGAAUUCUUUGAUGGCCAUUACACCGAGAAGGCUGAUGUGUUUUCUCUCGGUACUUUGUUUUUCGCAAUCUUGGAGCGGGAUUCUAUUGUGUUUAUGGAGAAGGCGAUUUAUGGUGCUUUCAAGAAUGUUCCUGGUGAAGGCAACGUUGGGCGUGCGAUGCAUUUAGAUCCAAACACAACCAUUCAAUUCUCACCUCGUGCACAAGGAUCCAACGCUCUGCAAAGAAUAGCUCUCGAUGCUUUGCAAUACGACAAAGAUGAUCGCCCAAGCGCUGCUGAGAUUCAUAACCGAAUCACAAACAUCGAAGGAAAUGUAAAGCUCAGUGGUUCUGGAAAUCAACAACCGUCACCAGGGCGGAGAGGGUGCUGUUAAACCCCGAAAAGAGGUAACGGUCGAAUACUUUAGUCAAGACUUGUAAGAGAUCAACGUUUUGUUGUAGUCAUAGUAGCAGUCAUAUUUUAGCACCUUCAUCUAUUUCAGUGUUUUUAAAGUGAAAAUGCACUUGCUGGUUAUUCUAGCUUUGGCUGAGGUAGGCGUUUUCUUGUUUGGAACGACGUUAGACAAAAGAAAAAACAACCGGUCAAAUACCAGAAAGAGUGUUGAUUAUGAUAACCAAACAGCGGGAAAAAGGUUUUCAGAAAGUUUGCGACUCCAAAAGUAACUAAGUAAUUACAAACACAUUUUAGAAAAAAACACUCAUUAAUUCCUCCCAGGAGCCCUGUUCCUGCUGACAGUAGUAGAAAAUAAAUUUAAAGUUUUUGCAAGCAUGUUGAUCGGGUGUUUCCGUUGACUUCAUUCCUUACAAUAAAUAAUCAUUGCAACUUUUAUCAAAAGUUUCUUCACUAAUCUUAACGAUAUAUAUACGCUUAAAAGUAAACAGAAAAACGUUACCGGUUAGACAAUUGAAUAUAUUUUGUUUCCAAUGCAUGCUUGAUCCUCUGAACAAGCACGUACAUACUCCACAGCUAUAACAAGACACACACGUAGGUCAUUCUUGGAAAACGGCGCAUUGUUUCCACUGUGGAGGUGACUUCCUUUUCCGGUUCAGGACACAAUCCUCCUGUUCACGUCACUGCACUAAAUGAGUUACUUCCAUUUUCAGCUAACCGGAAUGAGGCACAUCACUUCCCCAACCCCCGAUAAAAAUGCCCCUCUUUUUUACCUAUAUGGCAUGGCAAUGCUCCUUCCGAAUAAGCGCCUAAAUUAGUAGGUCACCUACUUAAGGCUUAUACAAGAUCACACAGCACUACGUAAGAGUCCAUCGAACACCAAUUAAAAACCAAAACCGAAAAAGAAUGUACGGCAAGGAGCUUGGGUACGAAGGUAAGAAAGAGGCUGGGUAAAAAGUUCCUUUCACUAUACUUGAGGACACCACCACCACCCCCUCCACCCCAUAGUUUCCAGUUUUCUGAGAAAACAAGAGCGUUUUCUAUGAAAUCGUUUUUCCGCUUUGAAAGGAGCGAGCAGACGAGUUGAAAGCAGUAGGGAAACGACACAAAAUGUACACUCUAAGCUCAGCAACUAUGCCAAAGACGCUCCAAGUUGGCGAAAAAUUGGUGACAGUUCAGCAACGACUCGGGGCUGGGGCUUUCGGUGUCGUGUACAAAGUGAAGGAGGAGGCGACUGUAAACGAGUAUGCGUUAAAAGACGUGGUUUGUGAAGAUCAAUCGGAACUGAUAGCUGUAAUGAAAGAGAUUCAAACAUUAUGUAAAAUUUCGACCCACGAAAACGUAAUCUCAAUCACUGCAGCAGGCGGCUACAAAGCACAAGGCUUACAGCACAUGACAAUUUUGACUGAGUUCUACGUCGGCGGAAACUUGAACGAACGCCUUCAUCGACCGAGCAGCGACUUGAUGAAUUUCAAAUGGAUACGGCAAAUGACCGCGGGGCUUGCAUUCCUUCAUUCAAAAAAUGUAGCCCAUCGUGAUCUGAAACCAGAGAAUGUCCUGUUAACCGCGACUGAGGAUGUGAAAUUGGCCGACUUUGGUUUGGCGAGAGAGUUCGUCGUCGUCCUCAAUGCCGAAGCAAGAUUGACGGACAACUCAUGGAUUGGCCAAUAUGCAAAACAUUACAUGUCCUCCGAAGCUGGUACAGUGAGUUGGAUGGCCCCCGAAGUUUUCAAACACCGUUACACUGAAAAAGCCGAUGUUUUUUCCCUUGGCGCCCUCUUUUUUUCCAUUCUAGAACGCGAUUUUCUCACAGUAAAUGGAAAAAGGUUUUACGGUGCGUUUGGUCGUCCAUACGGCCAGUUAUUUGCGAAAAAAGUUGGGCUUGGAUAUGCAAUGUUCCAAUCGAAUAACCAAGGUAUCAAUGUUGCAUUUUCAGAGCAGGCCCAAGGAUCCAUUAUAAUGCAAAGUAUAACUCUCAACGCCUUGCAGUAUGACGAAGAUGAACGACCCACCGCCGCUGAGAUUCACCAACAGUUUGAA